ACUAAACUCUGCCAAAGCCAAAAUCCACCAAAGAAUUGACAUGUGACAUCCUGAUAGUGGUGACCGAAGGGGCUACAGCACUGGCAAGGUCCUUAAACGCCUCUGCUACUUGGAGGACUGUGAGGUCAGGCAGCUUACAGGUGACACUCUUUUAAAAGGUACUCCUGAAAUAAAAAAGGUCAAUUCCUAUCAUUUUAGUCUGUAAAAUCUUUUGCAGUUUUUUAUCAAAUACUGCUUCUUAUUACAUGGCAUUUGCAAUACUUCUAAUCGUCUGACGUCCUGAAUGUCACACCGCAGCCUCAAUCUGGACAGGACUGUUGUUUGGUACAUUGUAAUGGAUUAUUCUGUAAUAACCACUCGUAUGGACUUUAUCCGUUACAUAAACAUUUUCAGUGAAAUGAGCCUGAUCUCAUACAGUAUGUCUUUUGUGAAGUAUAUAUGUGUGUGUGUGUGUGUGUGUGUGUGUGUGUGUGUGUGUGUGUGUGUGUGUGUGUGUGUGUGUUGGUUUUUGUGAUUUAUGAGGACAUUUCACAUGAAUACACGCCACACUAUGAGGACAUUUUGUAUUAUGAGGACAGGGUUGGUGUCCUCAUAAUACGGGCAAUGUAGAAGUGCUUCUAGGGGUAAGAGGAGCUUAAAUUCAAAUUUUCUCUGAAAGUCCCUAUAAAUCACAAUGAUCAGACUUUGUGUAUGACGUGUGUAUCGAGACUGCGCCCCUGUAGGCCGGUCCGGUGUAAUGCACCUCCUAAUUAAUAUUCAUAUUUGUGUAUGGAAUCGGAGGUUCUGAUUGGAUGACCACCAGAUGUCCUCAUAAUUUCGGAUUUUGCCAAACCACUGUGUUAAACGCACUUACAAGAAGGACGGUAACUAUAGCGAUAACAAUUAAGAAAUAGUCAAAAUAGUUCUAAAUAUAAUAUAAUAUCAGAAUCCAGAGCACACAUGAAACACACAAAAAAGAAAAAAUAUCACUUUUGAAACGAUUUCACUGAUUGAUGACGCCUUCUCACACCUGACCCAAGCCAUUUGCGGAUAAGUCAUCGGUGCGAAGGGACGUAAGGAAAUGACAGCAACAACAAGAUCUCAAAGGGCCAAGCUAAAGCCAAAUGAUGAAGCUGCAUAUUAUAUAUCUAUGUCAAAAGACAAGGAUGGGUUUGAAAUAAAAUUCAUAAAUUCAUUCAAAGGUCGGGGUGUCUUCAGUUGUCGUCACUUUCAAAAGGGUGAUUUUCUUUUUGAGUAUCGAGGACGAGUCUUAACUAAGGAGGAAUAUGAACGAAGACAUAGUGAACUUGAAGUCUUUUUGUUUGAGUUUCGUUUUGAUGGAAGACAACUAUGGGUUGAUGCUUCCAAAGAUGAUGGCUCUUUAGGGAGACUUGUCAACGACGAUCAUGUGAACCCCAACAGUAAAAUGAAAAUCAUUACUGUGAACAGAAAGCCCCAUCUUUGCUUAUUUGCAGUAAAGAACAUCAGUCCUGGGGAUGAGAUUAUGUAUAACUAUGGGGAUUCUGACUGGCCAUGGAGAAACAAGGUAACUUUUGAGACAGAACAACAGUCACACCAUUCGAUCAAUUGUGCUGGAGACAAUGAUGGAACACAGAAGGUAUUUGUUUGUAAAGUGUACAUGAGUAAUUUACCUCAAGUUUAAUCCUAUUUAUACUUAUUUUGAUGAUAGACAAACUGUUUUAGCAGGGCACUUUGUAUUUAAGCAUGUUAAUGUGUUAAUACUUCUUCAUUUUGAAUGUGCACAGGUAACUUCUGAGACAGAACAACAGUCACACCGUUCGAUCAACUGUGCAGGAGACAAUGAUGGAA